AUGGGAAGUGAGCACUAUUGCCUGAGGUGGAACAAUCAUCAGAGCAACCUGCUGGGAGUAUUCAGCCAGUUGUUGCAAGACGAAAGCUUGGUGGACGUUACACUCGCGUGCUCCGAGGGUGCCUCCAUACGGGCUCAUAAGGUAGUACUCUCUGCGUGUUCGUCGUAUUUCCGUUCGCUGUUCGUGGACCAUCCAUCGCGCCAUCCUAUAGUGAUCCUUAAGGACGUGGGUUUGGAGGAGCUCCGAACACUCGUCGACUUCAUGUAUAAGGGCGAGGUUAACGUCCAGUACUGCCAACUUCCCGCUCUCUUAAAAACUGCCGAGAGCCUUCAGGUAAAAGGAUUAGCUGAGAUGACUACAUUAAGUGCAGCAGGGGUUGAUGCAAGGAACGUUACAGAACCAAUGGAGGAAGGCCCAGCGCAAAAUUCAAAUGAAUCUGCGGAAUCACAAGAAAGAUUGCAUGAUAAGGAAUCUAGGGAUAAAGAUGAAAGGCACGAUGUAAAAGAAAAUCGUGAAAGAGAGUGCAAAGAUUUAAGAGAGAAUGUAAGAGAUUCACGUGAACCGAGAGAUGUCCGGGAGUCGAGGGAGAGGGAGAAGGAAAGAGAUUUAAGAGAUCCCCGUGAACCAAUGAGAGAUAGGGAACCUCGAGAGUUGAGAGAGUCACGUGACCAUAGGGACAUACGAGACGGUAGAGAAUCUCGUGACUUGAGAGAUAUACGUGACCUCCGAGAGGCUUCCGAAACCUCGCCACCGAGAAUUUCUCCUUUACUUUCUGUCCGUAGAUUUCGUACGGAUCAAUCGCUUGAAACCUCGACGCCUACGCAUCCUCCUAUACCUAAAGAUGAACCACCGGAUGAACCUAUGCGGUCUUUAUCUCCCGAAGAUGACACCGUUUCAAUAAGAUCGAAUGGCGCCAGUGAGAAUAUUGGCAUCAACAUGACUAUUAACAGUCACGGUAGCCUAGGCUCACGAUAUUCACCAGUUGAGCAAAGACUGAGUGUGCUUAACACCCUGCCUCAUCCGGGGCUGCCUUUGCACCCACACACAACCUUGCCAAGCCCAAGAAAUGAACCCAUUCCUGGACCGUCAGGAUUGCCACCAGUUCAGCAAGUACCAUUGUCAUUGAAAAAAGAAGUUGAUUGGGACAGGAAUAAUGAGGACAAGGGGGGCGGUGAAUCUUCGUCUUCAGAUUAUAGAAUGCAGCAUGAAUCGGAGUAUGAAGGGCCCGGUAGGGGGAGAAUUGAGGAGGGAGAGAGGGCUUAUCCGUGCAUACAUUGCGGCGCAGCGUUUCCACACCAGAGCAAAUUGACCAGGCAUAUAUUGACGACGCACACGUUAGACACGCUAAAGUAUAGAGACGCUAUCAUGGGUCGGCCGUUAGGGUUGCCGAUGAUAGGGCAGUUUAGUGAACCGACCUAUUUGAGCAUGCCGACCGAGGAGACUCCCAUCGACUUGGACAUCGGGCCCAUGGAGCCAGGAAACGUUGUACUGUGCAAAUUCUGCGGGAAGAGCUUUCCAGAUGUAUCGUCGUUGAUAGCCCACUUGCCGGUACACACUGGCGAUCGGCCAUUUAAAUGUGAAUUCUGCGGCAAGGCGUUUAAAUUAAGACACCAUAUGAAGGACCAUUGUAGAGUGCACACAGGGGAACGCCCGUUUCGGUGCGUUUUAUGCGGUAAAACGUUUUCGCGAUCCACGAUACUGAAGGCGCAUGAAAAGACUCACUAUCCAAAGUACGCAAGGAAAUUCCUGUCGCCCAGUCCUGUCGACACGGAGGAAGAGAGCCCACAUCAAUGA